CAAGAACAGAGUUCAAGGAAUCAAGGACUCAGAUUCCUAUUAUUUCCUCUUUCUCUCCACACCAUGAGGGGAAAUCAACUGCCCAAUCCAGUCUUGAUUCUAUUUUUCCUGCUCCUUCCCAGAGAUGCUUCCACUGCUUCAAAACCGCAGUAUCUGGUGCUGGUCCCAUCAGAGCUGUACACUGGGGUCUCUGAGAAGGCUUGUGUCAUGCUUAAUCACCUGAAUGAGACGGUGACACUGAACAUAAUUCUGGAGUAUGGAAUGCAGACCAGAACCCUCCUCACAGACCUGGUGACAGAGAAGAACUCCUUCUACUGCAGCCCAUUCACUCUUCCAGAGUUACCAUCUUCCUCAGGGUUGAUUACUGUGGAGGUGAAGGGGCCAACCCAGCGGUUCAUAAAGAGGAAGACAGUGCACAUCACAAAAGUAGACAGCCUCAUCUUUGUCCAAACAGACAAACCCAUCUACAAACCGGGACAAACAGUGAGAUUCCGCGUUGUCUCUGUGGAUGUCAAUUUUCACCCUUUGAAUGAAACGUUCCCAGUGGUUUAUAUUGAGAAUCCCAAGAGGAACCGAAUUUUCCAAUGGCAAAGUCUCAGAUUGCAAGGAGGACUCAGCCAGCUCUCCUUCCCACUCUCAGUGGAGCCCACGCUGGGUAUUUAUAAGGUCAAACUGCAGAAGGAGUCAGGGGAAAAAAUAGAGCACCCCUUUGAAGUGAAUGAAUAUGUUUUGCCCAAAUUUGAGGUCCAAGUGAAAAUGCCCAAGACUAUUGGUUUUCUAGAGGAAGAAUUUACGGUAUCCGUCUGUGCCCUAUACACAUAUGGAAAGCCUGUCUCUGGUCUGGUGACAAUUAACGUAUGCAGAAAAUACUCCCGAUACCGUUCUGUCUGCCAUGGAAGACAUUCACAAAGUAUCUGUGAAGAAUUCAGUCAACAGGCAGACAGUGAAGGCUGUUUCACACAACUCGUGAAGACUAAAAUAUUCCAGCUGAGACAGAAGGGGUAUGACAUGAGCAUACAAGUGGAAGCCAAAGUCAAAGAGGAUGGAACAGAGUUGGAAUUAACUGGGCAUGGAUCAUGUGAAAUCACAAAUACCUUAAGCAAACUGAAAUUUACAAAAGCGGAUACACAUUAUAGGCAUGGGCUCCCUUUUUUUGGGCAGGUUCUUCUGGUUGAUGAGAAGGAUCAACCAAUCCCCAAUAAAACUGUAGUCGUCAGGGUGGAUGUAACUGCAUACCGUUCCAGCCUUACCACAAAUGAGCACGGUCUGGUGAACAUUUCCAUCGAUACCACCAAAUUCAUAUCUUCUCUCUUUACAGUUACGGUCACUUACAAACAGAAUAACCUCUGUUUUGAUAACUGGUGGCUUGAAGAAUUUCAUACACAAGCACAGCACACUGUAAAGCGUAUUUUCUCCCUGAGCAAGAGUUACGUUUCCCUUGAACUUGUUACUGGUACCAAGGCCUGUGGACAAAUCCAGGAUAUCCGGGCACAUUACAUCCUGAAUGGACAGAUUCUGAAGAACGAAAAGGAAUUAACUUUCUAUUAUUUGAUCAAAGCAAGAGGAAGCAUCUCCCAAUCGGGAAGCCAUGUGUUGUCCAUUGAACAAGGAGACAUGAAAGGGGUAUUUUCCUUCUCCUUUCGAGUGGACUCAGACAUCGUUCCUGCUGCCCAGUUGCUGGUUUAUGCUAUUUUACCCAGUGGAGAAAUUAUCGCCGAUACUGAGAAACUCGAGAUUGAAAACUGUUUUGCCAAUAAGGUAAAUUUGAGUUUCUCCGAAGCCCGGAGCCUGCCGGCCUCACACAACAACCUAGAGGUCAUGGCCACUCCUCACUCCCUCUGUGCCCUCCGUGCCGUAGACCAGAGCGUUCUGCUGAUGAAGCCUGAAGCUGAGCUCUCCCCUCAGUCGGUCUAUAAUUUGCUACCAGUAAAGAGUGUCCCUAGCGUUGGAUAUGGAGGUCCCCUGAACAAAGAUGAUGAGCAAUGUAUUGAUGCAGAGGACAUAAUUCACAAUGGAAUCAUUUACACACCAAAACGGAUCCUGGAUGAUGAUGAUGUUUACAGUAUUUUUGAGUCUGCAGGAUUAAAUAUUUUUACCAACUCAAAAAUCCACAAGCCGCAUUGUCAGCUGCUUCUGACGCAUCCAGGAAUGCCUAUGCCCUAUGCAGGAAGUAACGCCCUUCCUCUAGCACGUGGUAUUGAAGGACCAGUUUAUCCAAUGUUCACCAGAGAGAAUCCUCCAGCUGUGGAAGUGAAAGAGACGGUCCGGAAGUACUUCCCUGAGACCUGGAUCUGGGACUUGGUGCCACUCGAUUCAUCAGGUAGAAAUGAGUUGGCAGUGAACGUCCCUGACACCAUCACAGAGUGGAAGGCUAGCGCACUCUGCUUGUCUGGAUCGACAGGGCUGGGCCUCUCCCCCGUCAUCUCUCUUCAAGUGUUCCAGCCCUUCUUCCUGGAACUCAUUCUCCCCUACUCUGUGGUGCGAGGAGAAGCCUUUACGCUCAAAGCCACCGUGUUCAACUAUUUGUCCCAUUGCAUUCGGGUCCGCGUGCAGCUGGAAGCCUUUCCUGACAAGUCAGCGGACCUAGUGAAAAACAAUGAAGAAACUUCCUGUGUUUGUGGAAAUAGGCAGAAAACUAUGUCCUGGGCUGUGACCCCAAAGUCACUGGGAAAGGUGAAUUUCACAGCUACUGUGGAAGCCCUGCAGUCUCAGGAAUUGUGUGGCAACGAGGAGCCAAGAGUCCCAGCACUUGGACGGAAGGAUACCGUAAUCAAGCCCUUAUUAGUUGAGGCUGAAGGAAUGGAAAAGGAAGAAACUUUCAACACACUCCUCUGUGCUUCAGAAACUGGUGUAUCUGAAAAGUUGUCACUAAAAGUUCCUUCAGAUGUGGUUGAAGGAUCUGCCAGGGCGACGUAUUCGGUUUUGGGUGACAUAUUAGGCUCUGCAAUGCAAAAUCUUCAUAAUCUUCUCCAGAUGCCGUAUGGUUGUGGAGAGCAAAAUAUGGUCCUUUUUGUCCCUAAUAUCUAUGUUCUGAAAUAUCUGAAUGAGACACAACAGCUGACAGAGACUAUCAAGUCCAAAGCCAUCAGCUACCUCAUCAGUGGGUACCAAAGGCAGUUGAAUUAUAAGCACAGUGAUGGUUCAUACAGCACCUUUGGGGAUCAUAGUGGCAGAAGUCAGGGAAACACUUGGCUCACUGCAUUUGUGCUCAAGUCCUUUGCUCAAGCCCGGUUGCACAUUUUUGUGGAGAUGUCACACAUCACCAAUGCCCUCACCUGGCUCUCACAGAGACAGAAAGAAAAUGGUUGUUUCCAGCGCUCCGGAUCACUGCUAAAUAAUGCUAUUAAGGGUGGGGUAGAUGAUGAACUGACGCUCUCUGCCUACAUCACCAUUGCUCUGCUGGAGAUGCCACUACCUGUCACUCACCCUGUUGUCCGCAAUGCUCUGUUCUGCCUGGAAAAUGCCUGGGGAUCCAUCUCAGAGGCCCGAGGAAGUCUUGUCUAUACCAAGGCAUUAUUGGCCUAUGCCUUUGCCCUAGCAGGAAACCAGGCCAAGCGAAGUGAGCUUCUUGAAUCGUUGGACAAAGACGCUGUGAAAGAAG